AUGAUGUCCACCUCUCUUUUCAUCUGUGGCAUCUGGACUGUUGUGACAGGUGCAGCCCAGGUGAUUCACAAGUCAGUUCAAACAGCUAUAGCUGGAGAAAAUGUGACGUUGUACUGUCAGCUGGCUGAAAGCUAUGAUGUCGUUCAGGUUACCUGGCAGAAGGAGCAUGGGAAAGACAAGACCAAUAUAGCUACUUACAGCACAACUCAUGGUCCUAAAGUCCUGGGCAAAUAUCAGAAUCAUGUGCAUAUUUCUCAAAGUGGGCUGAGUGUUUCUACCAUCACUUUUCAUGCUGUUACAGUCAAGGAUGAAGGCUGUUACAGCUGCAUCUUUAACACAUUUCCCUUGGGAUCCAUGCCAGGCAGGACAUGUCUCCAGGUCUAUGCUCUAAAGGAACCCAAGAUUGAUGUGAAACAUACUAGUCCAGACAGCACAGGAAAAGAAAUGCUAAAAAUAAGCUGCUCAGUAACAGGGAGACCAGCUGCAGUGAUCACCUGGAAGGUCCCGGAAUACCUUCAUAUAAAGCCAAUCCAAUAUGUCACUCACCAUCCAAACCAAACAGUGACUGUAGUGAGCAAUUUUACUCACAUGUACUCCAAAGAUCUCUGGAAGAACCCAGUCAGCUGUGUCAUUCAACAUCCAUCUUUAAACAUUACACACGAAUUAACUUUGCCUGAGAAUGGGGUAGAACAAGGUUCUUCCGAUAUGCUCAGGAAAUUUAACGUGUGGACAGUAUUCCUGUACAAGAGAUCAAGUCCCAUUGAAAGCUCUUCCCCAAAAAAACUUUCUGGGUGGAUGAAGAAUCUAUUGAAUGAAACCUUGUUGUGA